AUGGACCCAUAUAUCCAGCCGCAUAAACUAUUUUAUUAUUCUCCAACUUACCGGGUCGUGAUCUGCACAUCCUGCCGCUAUGCAGUGCAGCCUGCAGCUAUUGCGCGACACCUCAAGGAGAUACAUCACAUCUACCGUUCCCAGCGACGCCCAUUUAUCGCAUAUACGGAAUCUUUGAUACUAGAGAGCCCAGAAAAAGUCAGACCUCCUCCUCCGGAAGAUUUUCCUGUUCCCCACUUGCCUGUCCACCAAGGGUGGCGAUGCCAGGCACCGCGCUGUGGCUAUCUGUGUAUCUCAACCAAACGGAUGCAGUCUCACUGGCCGGCAAAGCACCGUUGCAAAGGAGAUCGUACUCGAGACUGGAUUGCUGUCCCACUUCAGACAUUUUUUCGUGGUAGCCUGUUGAGCUAUUUUACCAAGGAACCCAGCCUCCGCCAGCAGGCUAGCGUGGCGAUGUCAUUCCCAUCGGUUACAGAUGAUGGAGAGCUUGUCACAAAGUUUCCGUAUAUUAAAAAACUUCAAAGACAAUAUGAGCUGGACUAUAUUGGGACUUCUAUUUUGGAGCAUUAUUUCGAUGCUACCUAUAAGACCUUUGUGACGAACCACAGCACAGAGCAGAUUUGGCUCGAUAUCGUCCCCACUCUCGCAUACGAUAAUCCUUUUCUCUUACAUGGGAUUCUUGCAUGCACGUCAUUACACAUGGCCUACAUCUUUCCAGCCCAUCGACAUAUUUAUAAUCUCCAAGCAUGUUCUCACCAGAGCACCGCGCUCCCUUUGUUUCGGUUCGCAAUCGACCACCCCACAGAACAAAACUGUGACUCUAUCGUAGUAUUCGCACACUUACUUGUCAUAUACUCUUUUGCAAGCGAUACGGAUUCUUCCAACUAUUCGUUGUUCCUUGUUGACGACGAUAGCAAUGGUAACGUCAAGAAUUGCCUUGCAAUUCCCCAAUGGUUACACUUCAUUCGUGCUGGUUGCUCCAUGUUGUGCGAUGUAUGGGACAAGGUUGAGAAUGGCCCUGUCAGCGCUCUGGCAGCUACAUGGGAAGAUGAAAUCGUUGUCCAUGAUAAGAGUCUGCCUUAUAUGAAACAUUUUCUUGCGCUUAUUCCUGGUGACUCGUCUUGGUCGAGUGAAAGCAUUUCUACAUACCGCAACGCGGCUACUUCUCUGGCCGAGUCUUUUGCAUACUUGGACUCCAAGGAUAUGGAAUCUAGUAUCACCACGUGGAAUGUCCUCGGAGCCUGGCCACUACGCAUUGAGGACGCGUAUGUCGAUCUUCUACAUGAACGCCAUCCGGGGGCAUUGGUGCUGCUCGCGUAUUAUUGCAUUAUACUGAAGAAAUUGGAGAAAUUCUGGUACUUUGAAGGACGAGCAGUCAAGCUGAUAUCCUCCAUUGCGGGAGUAUUGGACGAGAGAUGGCAUCCCAGUAUCCAAGAGGCAUUCGAAAGGGUCAUUGGCUAG